AUGUAUUAUUCUAUCUAUGACGAACCAGUUGCUGAUGGCAGGUGCUGGCUCAACGGCAUCUCGGCGCCGCGGCGUGUGGUGCUACUUUCCCUGGCACAGCUGGGCUUGGCACCACCGGCUCAGGCCUUUGAGAAUCGCGUGGCGGAGUACAAGGGCCCAAAGACACCAGGAAGCCAGCCCCAAGGCGUGGGUACUGGAACACUGAGUAGCUGCGGAGGUGCCCCGAACUGCUUCUCCUCUGCGCCCGGAACGGACGAUGACCACUUCCUCAAGCCAUGGCUUUAUUCUUCAGGUGGCGUGUCUGGCGCCGUGUCUGACCUCGAGAAGGUCGUCAAGGCUUAUCCGCCCGGGCAGCAGGAGAUCGAUGGAGGUGGAUUCGAAAUCAAGAAGGUGGAUCCUGAGAAAGGCUACAUCUACGUCCAGUUUGAGUCCCUCAAGAGGGGCUACAUUGAUGACGUGGAGUUUCUGGUGAAGCCUGCGGACAAGGAGUCUGGACAAGUUUUGGUUCGAUCUGCCAGCAGGCUUGGCUACCUCGACCUGGGUGUCAAUGCCAAGCGCUUGAAUCGCCUCUCACAAGCGCUGCGGGAUAUCCCUGGAUGGACAGCUCCAAAGAUUACCCAAGAGCUCUUCCCAAGGUACGUCAGCGAGAACCGCUGA